CAUCUAUCUUUAAUUCCUUUACUGUUCUCUGACACUGCCCCUCUGCUUCCCUUGUGUCUCUUCUCUCGUCCUGAAUCUCUGCUCUGUCCCAGGGGCUGUCCCCCCCAGGGCCCAACCAGCAGAGACACCUGAGGGUGGAGGUGGUCCCCAUGGGGCCCCCACCGCCUCCGAAGGCCCCCGGCGGCCCCAGCUGGCCCCAGCAGCCAGACUUCAGCUUCAUGGAGAAACUUCACGCCGUGGAGGAGGAGCUGGAGCAGAGCCCCGUCUGCAUGGACUCCUACCAGAGUCUGGGUGACAACCUGGUGGCGUGCCGCACCCGUUCCAAGCGCCCCCUGAAGGACGUGCCCCUGGGGCUUCUGGAAGCCGAGCUGCGGGCGCCGGACAUCACGCCGGACAUGUACGAGAUGGGCGGGCAGGAGGACAACGAGUGGCAGGGCUGGCUGCGCGGGCUGAUGACAUCAGAGGUGGAGAAUGAUGAGGAAGGGGACGACGAGGACGACCCCGAGUACAACUUCCUGGAUGACAUCGACGAGCCUGACCUGGAGGAUUACCGCAAUGACCGCGCCGUCCGCAUCACGAAAAAGGAGGUGAAUGAGCUGAUGGAGGAGCUUUUUGAGACGUUCCAGGAUGAGCUGGGCGUCCCGGACCAGGACGACGAGGGCCACGAUGACGAGGAGGAGCGGGAGGAAGAGGUGGAACAGGGAACCCCCAAGUUCAACGUACCGCAGGCAAUCCGGUUUGAGGAGCCCCUGGCCAACAUGCUGACGGAGAGGCGCCGUACCGUGAAGGAACAGCUGGAGGCGCUGCAGCAGCGCCGGGCCCUGCAGGAGUCCCGUCCCGAGCCGCCGGCGCCGGCCCCCGCGGGCCCCCACUUCCUGAUGCUGCCGAGCCCCACCUGCACCCUGCUGCUCAACCCCACCCAGAAGCACCAGCUCCAGCAGCAGAUUCAGCAGCACGUGCAGCUGCUGACUCAGGUCCACAUGCUAACCAGCACCAUACCGGUGCUGCAGAGCGAGGCAGUUACCACCCGCCACUUCCUGACGGAGCUGCAGUCGUUCGCCCAGAGCACAGAGGAGACGCGGGGGCUGGUGGAGCCUGGUUUCGUCAGCAUGUUUCGGGCCUGCAACCUAGAGGGGGCGCUGUCUCUGCUGGAGGAGUUCGACCGCACGAUCAAGCCUCAGCUCACCCAGGCCUCCCCCCAGAGGCCUGCCCGACAACGCUGCAACACCGUCGUGCGGCCCUAUCCCACCAUGCCCCCACGCCUGGCCUGGCUCCUGGCAACCCGGAAGGAGUUCUUGUGCCCAGAGCUCCUGCCCAUCUGCAGCCUGGACCCGGCUCAGCACCCCCCCAGGGUCAAGACCAUCUACACCCGCGGAGAGGACAGCCUGAUCGCCCUGGGCCUGAAGCACUUCGCCGACACCGAGUUCCCUCACCAGCUCGUGUGCCGCUACCUGGUCCGCACCAAGACCGCGCAGCAGCUGCGCAUGCACCUGCGCGAGGCCAGCCACUGCCGAGCGCCCGACAACGAGCUGAAGCAUUUCCUGCUGACCAGGAAGGUCCCCCCUCUGCUGCGGGCGUGCCAGAGGGUGCUGCCCACAGACAGCCGCCCUGCCGUGGAGAGAGAGCUGGCUCGAAUGCCAGCCUGGCUCCAGAAGAGCCUGCCAAUCAUCCACAAGGCUGUGCUGGAUUACAACAGCACCUUGGAGGGAGGGGAGGCCACACCAGGAGAGUCAACCCCUCCCUACGUGUUCCCACCUGGGACGCAGUACCCCCCUGAUCUCCCCGCAGAUGUCACCUUGCGCCUGAACCCCUAUGGCGUUAGGACCCUUAAACCCCAUUCCAGACUCUGGGCUCAUGGCAGAGCCAAGAGACUGGCGCUGUCCAGGCCUGUAGUGCUCCCACUGGAUAAAACCCCAAUGGUCCUGCAAAUGCCUCUCUCUACCCGGCCGGUGAACUUCAACCCCACUGUGACCCUGACGCGGAUUUCGGAGAAAGAGCUGGAGCAGAACGCCUGCAAGAAAGCAUCCUCCUCCAUAAGCAAGAUCUGCCCUUUCUUGAUACCAACGCUUCUCCCUCCUGUGAGCUCCCCCUGUAGUGCAGGAGGAGUAAUGACGGGUACAGCAGUUGCAGUUCAGACACCAUCAACCACAGUGCAGUUAUCUGUGGACGCCCCCUGUAGUGCAGGAGGAGUAAUCACAGGAACGGCAGUUGCUGCUCAGACUCCCUUGUGCACAGUGCAGAUACCUGUCAGCGUCCCCUACAAAGCCAAACGAGCGAAGAAAGGUGCAGCAGUUGCUCUUCAGACAUCAUCAACCACACUGCGUUUCCCUGUGGGAGCCUCCUAUGGCACAGGUGGAGUAAUGACCGGCAUGGAAGGUGGUGCUCAGACUCCAUCGUGUACAGUGCAGAUACCUGUGAGCGCCCCCUGCCAGGCGGGAGGAGCAGGGACAGGCAUGUCGGUGGCAUCUGCGACGCCAGGAAUCACGGUGCAGCUGCGUGCGGCGCCUCCCGUGUCCUUCUCAAGAGCCAUGGUGGCAGCAGGUGUGAACCCCUCCAGCCAGUUCCUGCAAAUACGGCCUGUUUCCCGCAGCCCUUCUCACCUGCAGGCUCCUUUGCAGCCUCUUCUCCUAACCAUUCCAACAGGAGGCUCUGUAAGCCUGUAUAGCCUGGGAGGAGCCAGCGUGGGAGGUGUGGGCAGCGGAGGGGCUGGGGGGAUGCUGUUUCCCAGGGCAGUGGGUGAAACAGGGCCAAGAAGGGUCUGCAGAGUCCUGCAGCCCACGGUCGUCAUCAAACUGGGCACCCCUCUGACCACUGCAGUGACCGCGGCCGACAGGAGGUCCGCCGAGACCCCCCCCGAGCCCGCCUCCCAGCCGCAGGACCCCGUUACUCACCCCGAUGGUGCCCUGGCCGUACUCCGCAAGCUGGUCGGGGUUGCCCCAGAGUCCGGGAGGUCCCCAACACUCAAAGGGGACAUACCUUUGCAGCUGAGGACAAGUCCCUUAUUACAGUGUAGCAUCCCCUCUCCUGAAAGCCGCCAUCCUGCCUCCAUUAAUCCCACAUCCCUCCCGAGUCCUGCAGCCCCGGAAACCAGCCCUGGCAACUUGGGUACCAACACCUCUGAGGUCGAGGGGGCCCCCCAAUUCAGCUCGAAGCCUCCCGAUGUCAUGGGACAAGAAAGAGCCGGAGCAAUGCAGGAUCCCCACAGUUGUCAAGUGGCAAUCCACAUUCCAGUCUCAACGAGUGCAGGGGGACCCCCAGAAUGUAUGGACAGCCAGUCCCUUGAGAGUAGCACUCUUACACAUGCUGAAAUGGCAGCCCCCUUGAAAUCUGCAGCACCCCAAUGCCCAGAACCCCAGCAGCCCACAGCGGGAACAACUGAGGAAAUGAACCCCACAGGGGCUGUACCCCACUUGAGUACGAACACUGCGGACGACACAGAGACUUGCCAAAAAGUGUGGAUCAGCACAGACACUGGAGCAGCACAGCCGUUAUCUCAGGAACUCCAGGGCUGUACAGUGAAGUCCGUACCCCAGAACUUUUCAAGCAUUAUGGAUACAAAAGGGACACCCCAAUAUUCCACGGUGAAUGCAGAAAAUAAAGGGGUUCUCCCCACCCCUUCAAGUGACAUAGGUACCAAGGAAGCCCCUCCUGGUAAUUCAAACACAGUCUUCAACAAAGGGACCCCAACAAACUCCUCUGAGCUUAUCUCAACUUUAGGGGUGAGGUCUGAGACGGGUGACAGAGGCCAAGGUCAAACUGAGACCCCUGAAUCCCAAACAUUCACCAGUCACAAUGUUGGCUCAUGUGAAGGCAGUGGAGGGGUACCCCAGGAAUCCUCUGAGGCCAAAGACACGACAGGUUCUUCCUGCAGAGUUAGCGGCAUGCAUCCAUCCCCAUUUCUCUGCACCCCCUUGGGUGCUUGUCUGCCUGAAGGAGAGAUUGAGGAGGUGGAGGAGGACAGAGAGGAUUUGGGUCAAGAGGAGGAACACGAGGAAGAGAUGGGGAGUGAUUUUGGGGAGCCCCUCCUGGCCCUCUCGGAGUCAUCAGGGAGCCCAGCUUCUAGUCUGGACAGCCAGGCUGAUGCGCUUGAGCGACUGAUGGAGAUUGAGGGGGAGGAGGAAGGAAGAGGGAACGAGGAAGAGAGAGAGGGGGGGAAUUUGACCUGCAGAGACAGUGUUCCUCAACUGCAGAGAGGCACAGAGGAAGAGGAGGAGGGCGGGAGAGGGAGGGAGGAAGAGAUGGAGAGAGGGGGUUUGACCUGCAGAGACAUUGUUCCUCAAGUGGAGAGAGGCACCGAGAAAGAGGAGGAGGAGGAGAAGGGAGGAAGAGGGAGUGAGGAAGAAAGGGAGAGAGGGGGUUCGACUUCCAGAGAUGGCGUUCCUCAGCUGGAGAGAGGCAACACCGAGGGGGGAGGGAGCUCUCCACAGUUAGAGAGAAAUGAGGAGGAGAGAGAGACGGAGAAAGAGAGAGGGGCUUCGGUGUGCAGAGACAGUGUUCUUUCACUGCGGAGAGACACAGAGGGAGAGGAGGAGGGAGGAAGGACAGUGUCAGGACAUGGCUCUCCACAGUUAGAGAACAAUGAAGAAGAGGAUGGCGGGGGGCGACCGGGGCCAAGGCGCAGUGAAACUGAGGGAGAGGAGGGCGAGAGAACGGGACAAGAGGAGGACCGAGCCCGGGUCAACACGACGGCCUGCCAAGUCGAGUGGGGCCUGCAGGGAGAGGCCGGGGGGGGUGGCCUGGCGCUGAGCUCGGGCACAGAGAGCCAGGGCCAGCCGGGCCAGGCGGGAGAGGGGGGAGGAGGAGGAGGAGGAGGAGGAGGAGGGGGAGAGCAGGAGGGACAGCGCGGCGGUGGAGCGGACCAGGUGGGAGAGGGGGAGAGCGGAGGCGAGGGGGAGAGAGACGGAGGCGAGGGGGAGAAGCGGGGAGAAGGAGAAGGGGGCGAGGACGAGAGUGAGAAGGGAGAUGGGGAUGGGGAGAGGCAGGGCGAAGGAGAGGAGGAAGAGGACUUCGAUGACCUCACGCAGGACGAGGACGAAGAGGAAGUGAUGUCAUCCGCCUCUGAGGAGUCUGUGCUGUCUGUCCCUGAGUUACAGGAGACCAUGGAGAAGCUGACCUGGCUAGCUUCGGAGCGCCGGAUGUGCCCAGAGGGUGACUCUGAGGAGGAUAACUCGCAGAACUCCCAGAAUUCCCAAGAGGAGAACUCUGAGGAGGAGGAGGAAGUGGGCCCCCGCAAAGGAGAAGAAGCAGGGGAUGGCGAUGCCAGCAAGAUGAUUGGUCAGGGGGCUCCACAGGGGGCAGGCCCUCUUGAAACCAGUGACAAGUGUGCUGGACGAGGCAGAGGCCGGGGCAGAACGCCCUCCCGCAGCCUGCGUCGCAGUCGCCGUCGGGAGCGGGACAGCAAGGACACGUCCAAGCUGCUGCUGCUGUACGACGACAACAUCCUGGAGAACGACCCCAUGAGGGAGAGCAAGGACAUCGCCUUCGCCCAGGCCUACCUCAACAGGGUGCGGGAGGCCCUGCAGGGCUAUCCCGGGAAGGUGGAGGAGUUCCUGGGGGUGCUGUACGAGUUCGAGCGCGGCCGGGAGCAGCGCAGCGCGGUGGAGCUCUUCAGCCAGCUGAGGGCCGUGCUGACCGACUGGCCGGACCUGCUGCGGGACUUCGCCGCCUUCCUGCUGCCUGAGCAGGCCCUGGAGUGCGGGCUGUUUGCGGAGCAGCAGGCGUUCGAGCGCAGCCGCCGGUUCCUGCGCCAGCUGGAGAUCUGCUUCGGGGAGAACUCCUCCCAGUACCAGAAGAUCGUCAAGGCCCUGCAGGUGGGGCCCGAGCUCAGCCCCGCAGGUGUCGAGGAGCUAAAGGUUCAGAUGGCCUCCCUGCUGAAGGGCCACAGCCACCUGGAGGGAGAAUUCUGGGUGUUUUUCGACGAGCUGCGCCCCCCUCCCUCGCGGCCGGGGCAGUUCGAGGAGGCGGCGUGGCCGGAGGAGGGUGAGGGGUGUGCGGAGGGGGGCUUCGAGGAGGUCACCCUGCCUGACCUGGAGGAGGAGGAGGAGUCGCACAAGAUCCCGCCCAUCACGGGGCGGGGCAAGAGGAGGAAAGAGAUGGGUUCCCACGGCAAUGAAAAGGAAUGCGACUGGCCGGAGGCGGCGAAGGACUGCCCUUGCCCCUGCCACGACUCCGCCCAUGACGCUAAACUGCGGCGACAUAAGAGAAAGGGCUGCCCGCACUGCCAUGUGGCCAAGGGCUCCUCGGACUCCUCCAGGCCCUCGAGAAACAGGGAGCCCUCGGAGCCGGGGGCCAGCAGCCCGGGCAGAGCCUCUGCAGAGGGCCGCCUCGGGGGCGGGGAGGAGGAGGGCGAGGGAAACAGCCCCCCCGCAGGUACGGCGCUGCGGAGCCACACCGCCGGUGCGUCCGAUCAGCAGACGAGCCGGUCUCCCACUUCCGUUCUCCUGCGCUCCGUCUCAGGCCCGGCGGGGAGCGGGGUGCGCCCCUGGGACUGCGGAGAAGGGGGGGCCCCCCGGGAGGAGGUGGAGGAGGGCGAGGCCGAGCGCGAUAAGGACAGCGGAGGAGGCAGCCCCUCCCCUAAAAAGAGCCGGACGGAUGCUGGGGCUGCCGUCGCCACGGAGACAGAAGCCUGGGAGGAGGGCGGAUGUCGGGACCCCCAGGGCGCCCCCCGGACACCCCUGCCCUGCUGCAGUGCCCCGCCCCACACCCAGGGGGAGCCGCUGGGGGGACAGAGCCCCAGCCUCUCCGGCGCCCCCUUGCGCAUGAGCUCCGGUUCCGACUCCACAGUCUGUGCCAAAAAUAUCUCCCUCACUCCCAGCGGGGAGAAGGUCAUCUUGUGGAACAGGGAGGCGGACCGGGUCAUCCUCACCACCUGCCAGCAGCAGGGAGCCAGCCAGGCCACCUUCCAGGCCAUCUCCGCCCAGCUGGGCAACAAGACGACCAGUGAGGUGUCCCGUCGGUUUCGGGACCUGAUGCGGCUCUUCCACACGGCCGCCCGGCAGCUCAGCUCCGAAGACGAGGCCAGCGCGGCCGAGCAGCAGUCCGCCACCGACGAGGAGCUAGACUGACAGAGCCGGGGCCGGUCGGGGCGGGGCGGGGAAUGGGACUGGUGGCGCGACGGCCCGGCCCACCAGGACAACACAGAACCAGGCCCCAUUGAGAUGGACCUCGUGUCACACUGACCCUGACCGGGCCAAGACCCGCUUGGCCCAGUCCAAACAUUGCUGGCCACCCAGAAUGGGACUGGCCGGACAGAUCCUGUACCGGUGGAUAGAACUGGACUCUGCUCGGUUAAUGGGACUGACUGGACCGGACUGCACCUGGUGGCUCCUGGUUCUCGGGCCGCCCCUGCAGUGCGGACGUGGAGGCUUGAAGGGUUGAUGUUGGGCUUACAGGAAGCGCGCGGGUCCCUGUGUCCGAGACCCCCCAGUGUCCGCUGUGGGUCCAGGUGCGUUUUGAGACCUGGGAGGAGACGGCCCUGUCAGCAGCACACUGACCCACUGAUCCCCACGGUCCCCAGUGGACUGUCAUCACUGUACACACUUCCUCUGGGGGGGGUUCUUGUUUUGAUUUUAAAAAGCGAUUUCCUUUAGUAAAUUUUAAAAGAACAUUUUUUGUAUUGUUGAGAAAGACAGUUACACAUAUAUCAUUAAACCGUUCUUCAGGAAA